GUGAGGACGCGUGCUUGAAUUUGAAUUGAGCACGAGCUUACAACUUGUUAAGAUAUUAGUCAACUACUACAGCCCAACAGAGCCAGUGAGCAGUGCUCUAACACUGUAUAUCUUAUUUUCUGGGGAAAUAGCUUGUUAUCGUGUGUGGUUAAAGUUUGCUAGCAUCGCCGUGACGUUUAAAUCGCCUCCCAGUGUUGUAGCUACAGGCAUCGCUGUUUCAGGGGAGAUCACUGCACUUGCAAUGAAAGCGGGCGUAGUCCACUGCCGUUGUUCAAAAUGCUACUCGGUUCCAGCAAGGAAGCGGGUCCGUAAGCGAACUCCAGACCUGACUCUGCUGUCUCUACCCGAGGAGGUCCUCCUCUGUGUGCUCCAGUGCCUCUCUGCUGAGGACCUGCUGUCUGUCAGAGCAGUUCACUCCCAGCUGCGGGACAUUGUUGACAACCACUCUAGUGUAUGGGCCAGGGUCAGUUUCAGGGACACGUGGCCAUCCCCCAACACCUUAUGGCUAUUUGAAAGGGCUGCUGAGAAAGGGAAUUUUGAAGCCGCUGUGAAACUGGGCAUCGCUUAUUUGUACAAUGAAGGACCGUUGUUGAGUGAUGAGGGGCGAGCGGAUGUGUGUGGUCGCAAGGCUUCCCACUUCUUCAGCCUGGCAGAGAGCCUGCACUCUCCCACGACAGAUCCGUUCAUCUGGGUGUUUAUCCGUCCCCCGUGGUCGCCCACCGGCAGCUGCUGCAAGGCCGUGGUGUUCGACCAUCUAAAGGCCGAAUGUGAUAAAAACGCAGAGAAGAGAGGACCCUUGUUGCACUGUUUGGCCAGAGUUUUGCAGCUGUUUGAAGGUGAUGAAAGACGCUCUGAUGCCAUAUCCAUGUUGGAGGAGUCAUCACACGCUGGAUGUCUACAGAGCUCCUACCUGCUUUGGGAACACAGCCGCAGAGCAGCUAUGGCAGAUCCAGGCAGGUACCUCCAGUGUAUCCGAACCCUCAGGGACUACGCUGGCAAAGGAUCCUGGGAGGCUCAGCUCUCCCUGGCUAAAGUGUGCAGCAGCGGGAAUCCCCUGGGCCUGGAGUCGAAAGCCUGUUCUGACUUAGUGGCUCAGCUCUUUAGUUCCUCUAACCCGGCAUCACGACACUGCUCUCAGGGCAUCCUCAGACGAGGCAUCAAGGACACUAUGAGGUACAUCCUGGUGGACUGGCUUGUGGAGGUGACCACCAUGAAGGAUUUCUCCAGCCUGACGCUGCAUGUGACAGUGGGUUGUGUGGACCGCUACCUGGCUCUGCGCUCUGUCCCCAAGGCUCGCCUUCAGUUAUUGGGAAUUGCCUGCAUGGUAGUUUGUACACGCUAUAUGAGUAAAGAAAUCCUGACCAUACGUGAAGCUGUCUGGCUCACAGACAACACCUACAAAUACGAGGACCUGGUUCGAAUGAUGGGGGAGGUUGUCUCUGUGCUGGAGGGAAAGAUCAGGAGCCCCACGCUGCUGGACUACGGGGAGGUGCUGCUGUCUCUGCUCCCUCUGGAGAGGCGGACCACUCACCUAUUCAGCUACAUCUGUGAGCUGUCACUGCUCUACUCUGCUCUCGCCACACCGCCACCUUCCAAACUGGCCUGCGCUGUGCUACUGCUUACAAGAGCACUACAUCACUAUGCUCCACUCUGGCCCAGCCAGUUAGUUGACUACACAGGUUUCUCCAAGCAAGACCUCACCACCCUAGCUGUGCUGCUCUAUGUCAAGUGUUUCAGUCAAGACAUUCCCAAAGAUUACAGGCACGUGUCUCUAACUGGCGUUAAGCAACGGUUUGAAGAUGACGCCUACCAGCACAUCAGCAAAGAAAAGGUGAUGGAUUUUAAAGAGCUGUGUCAGAUCCUGGAGAUUCCAGAGGUGGAGCCUCAGAUGGAGCCCGCCAGUCCCACUGGUCAACCAGCAGACAUCCACACCUUCCUCGCCUCUCCAUCCAGCACAAACAAGAGGAGACGCGAUGAGGGGAUGCAGGCUGAAAGAGCCAGCUUUGUGGCCACGCCUACAGCCGAGCUGUCCAAUCAGGAGGAGAGGCUGCUGGGCGACAUCCUGGACUGGAGCCUGGACACUUCCUGUUCGGGUUAUGAGGGGGACCAGGAGGAGGAGAGCGAGGGAGAGAAAGACGGUGAUUAUUCCUUGAUGUCCAUCAACCUGCACCCACUGUCAGAUGCAGAGGGAGGACUAGAGCACUGCAGAGCCUUGUCCAGCGAUGAAGACAGCUUCUCUGAAAUGGAAAGAGAAGUGAGCAAGGAUUGGCAAGACCAGAAAUCCCUCUUCAUCUCUGCCGACCUUCACAGUUCAGGAUACUCCUCUGUCCAGAGUGCCAGCCCCUCAUCCACAUGCUCCUCCUCCCUCCUGCCUUGCACAUUCAAGACCUUUACCACUUCCCUGGGCGCAGCCUCCGCCAACGCCCAGCCAGGCUUCCGCCUUCUGGUGCCCAUGCAGAGGCCCCGGGGCACCUCUAGCAAACAAGUGAAGAGGAAGAACUCAGCAGCUCAUAGUGGAGGUGAGGUGGAAAGGGAAGAGGAGGAAGAGGAAGGAGACAUGCAUUCUGCCAGUGCGGGGUUUCUGAGCCUAUAGACAGUGGUUAUUGACUGACUUAUCAUCCUCCAGCACUUUCUCUAGUUCUCCAUGCUGUUCCUCAUUCCUGUCAGUCUGCACUGAUUCACCACUCGCCAGAAGAUCAAGAGACUUUUAGGUUAAGGACAAGUAAGUAAGGGAAAAUAAAUGAAUCGCCUAGAAACUUGCCUUUCUAUUACAUUACAUUUCAUUUGCAUGUUUACAGGCAGGGCACGAUGAAAUACCUCCCAUAAAUCAAGGCUCGCACUCAGCUCUGAAACCACUGGAACAUGACUUGACUUUCCUCAGGACCGCUUGCAUUGUUUUUACAGCCUCCUACAACAACCUCAAUUUCCGAUCGUGUUCGUUUUAGAAGAAAUUAAACCUCAUGAACUUGAUGUUUUUGGGGAAAAGUGUUCAUUGUUAAAACCUUAAACAUAGCUGUCACGUUAUUAUGAUUGUUUUGGUUAUCAUAGUUUCUGAUAUGCACUGUCUGUACAAGACUGUCUUGUAUUUGAAUGUCAUCUAUAGGUGACUACUGUCAUUGAUGGAAAUAGCUGCAACUGAAGCCUAAAAAAAAUAUAUGAUUGUAUGAAUUCCUCUUAAGUUUUGUCCUUAGUUCUACAUGUGUUUGCCAAAGGUACUGUGGUGGUGUCGUUUGUGUUUUCACGGGCAUCAUAACUAGAAACAGAGCUGUGAAAUGAGUCUUUUAGUAGUCUGCAUCUUCUAGAGUCUAUAACCACCUGUUGUGCUGUUAAAAUUCUGAUCGAUAUUACUUUAAAAGACCUAUAGCACACUAAUCCCAUCAGGAACAGCUGAUGUUAGCUGUUGAGAUACUGACACACUAUAUGUUCAGUAAGGUGUGCUGAUAAUGGAGCUGAUCAAGAAUCACCAGCUGGAUGAGUUUCGUACAAACCUCAGCGUAUCCUCCAAAUGUUUAAUGCUGCAUUAACUAUUCUAAAAUUUAACAAAGCAAUCGAUGCAACAUGAAACCAUAAUGCUGAUACAGUUGUACUCAACCCACUUUUCCUCCCAUCUGAAUUAGGUCUAGCACUUUUAUCAUCACAGAAGAAGCGCAAUUCAAUGAAACGCAACCAUUUCAACGCUCGAACAAUCAAUACUAAAGUAUUUUCGAAUGGAUUUGCUUUGCCUUCUUGGAGCGAAAGGGAAGUUCAGACACUAACAGGAAACUAUCACCUGAUGGGGUUUCGGAAGUACUGUAGUGCACAGUGUUUUAAUGUCUGUGACUGACUGUAAAUACAUUUUUAAACUGUUACACCAGACUGGUUAUCGCCUGUGUUUUAUAAAUGUACAUAGUACGAUAUGUAUAAAUGGAGAAAGACAAAGAACAUGCCACUACUACUUGAAUUGUUUUUGCUUUAUUCCAAAAAAGGCAGUUUUCUUUGUGAAACUUUUCUACAGUACAGUGUUGUUGUUUUUUAAUAGACCUAUGAUAUGAAUAUGUAAUUUUGUUAAAAUAAAACAAGCCAUCAUGCAA